AGGAGGCUGAGGGAAAGUGCAGGGCGAAAGCUAAAGAGAGACGAGAGAAGGCGUGAGAGAGAGGAAACAAGCAGAACGCGGACGGCGAUGCUCAAACAGAGAGCAGGGGGCUCGAGACACGCGCGCGCGCAGACACACACGAACGCGCUGAGCACGGAAGGGGAGGACAGUAAGCGAGGCAUCAGGCGCCGAGUCAGUCCCGCCGAGGGCGGAUGACCGCCACACCUGGGAGCCCCAGCAGCAGCGGUAGCGCUAGGGGGAGGGCCGACCAGUCGCCUUCCCCUGCGAUGAGCAGGGCAGGCCGGCCCACCCGCGUGGCGGCAGCGUGAGCAGCAUCCUCCGCACCAGCCUCCCUCACUCAGCAUGCGCUGGGAGGGUGAGCGCACGCGCUCCCGCGGAACUCUCGGUCCCCACGGCAACAGCAGCAGUACAGCCAGUGCUCCUAGCAUUAGCAAUAGCAGAGGCAUCAGGUAGCACGUUAGGGCACUUUUAGGCGGUGUACUGCUAGUAUCAAAAGGAGUAACCAGUUGUUGUAGUAGCUCGUAGCAUGUUCAUUGAGGUAUUAUUAUACUUAGAUCUGUAGAUGUGUCUUGGAUGACUUCUUGAAUGCUAGCUACUGAUAGUUAAGCACUCUAGGGAAAUAUAAUGAACUGUUUUUAGUGACAUUGGUAGUAGCAUCAGUAUCCUUGGUAUCAAGUGUUAAAAUGGCCUCAGAUUUCGUUUAAACCUGUUAUGGUAGUUCAGUCGUAGUUUUAGUGUAACACUGGGCAGCGUUUAGUACCGCCUGCUGUAACAGUGUGUUUAGUGAUCAGCUGCGUUUGUGGUUGGUAUGGUGAAGAGAGCAAAUGCUCUAACCUUAUUGGCUGAUGAAGGCCUCCUGGAUACGGCUGCUGAAAAGAGCAAAGGACGGUCGAGCCAACAACGAGAUUGGUGGUUCAGCAGACUCGUGCACCACUCGACCAUCUGAUUCUGAUGUGUCCCUGGAGGAGGACAAAGAGGCCCAGCGCAGGGAGGCUCAGCGGCAGGCCCAGGCCCAGCUAGAGAAGGCCAGGAUGAGACCUGUAGCGUUUGCCGUUCGGACAAACAUUGGUUACAACGCUAGCCCCAAGGAUAAUGCCCCCGUGCCUGGAAUGGCAAUCUCUUUUGAACCUAAAGAUUUUCUACAUGUUAAAGAGAAAUAUAAUAAUGAGUGGUGGAUUGGUCGCUUGGUGAAAGAGGGGUGUGACAUCGGUUUUAUCCCCAGUCCAGUGAAGUUAGAAACUGCGAGCACGUACCAGGAGCCAAAAGCAAAACCAAACAGAUUGCUCCCCAGUAAAUCCUUGGCCAAUAUAGCACAGCUGGCUCAAAACUCUCACGCUGCCAGCUUAGACCCAGAGGAGCCUGACCCUCCUCCCCUGCAGCGCUCCCCCAAAGCCAGCCCCAACCCAGUUAUAUCCCCCUUAGCCCGCGAGAAACGAAUGCCCUUCUUUAAGAAGACGGAGCACAUUGCCCCAUAUGACGUGGUGCCCUCCAUGAGGCCUGUGGUCCUGAUCGGACCCUCACUCAAGGGUUAUGAGGUGACAGAUAUGAUGCAAAAAGCACUAUUUGACUUUCUGAAACGAAAAUUUGAGGGGAGGAUAUCAAUCACUAGGGUGAUGGCAGACAUUUCUCUGGCCAAGCGCUCUGUUCUCAAUAACCCCAGUAAACAUGCCAUCAUUGAACGAUCCAGCACCAACCUAGCUGAGGUACAGAACGAGAUUGAGAGGAUCUUUGAGCUGGCACGGACUCUGCAGUUAGUAGUUCUGGACGCUGACACCAUAAACCAUCCAGCUCAGCUGAACAAGACUUCACUUGCUCCAAUCCUUGUCUACGUCAAGGUCUCCUCAGCAAAGGUCCUGCAGAGAUUGAUCAAGUCUAGAGGGAAGUCUCAGGCCAAGCACCUCGGCGUUCAGAUGGUGGCGGCAGAAAAACUGGCUCAGUGCACACCAGACCUCUUCGAUAUCAUCCUGGAUGAGAACCAGUUAGAGGAUGCCUGCGAUCACAUAGCUGACUAUCUGGAGGCCUACUGGCAGGCCACUCACCUGCCCAGCUGCCUGCCGGGUGAUGAGAACGCUGAGAGGAAAGCAUCUCCAGAGCACCAUCACCACCACCAUCGUCACAGACUGCAAAAGCAGGACAGCCUUGACCACGCUGAGGAUGAUGAUGCUGAAGAGGCUGUCGCGGAGGCAGAUGAAGAGCAGAGGUGCCUGCGGAGCGAACGGAGGGCGCCACAUGUGCACCAUCGUUCUUCGUCCACACGGACCGAACACCACAACCACCACCACCAUCACCACAACCACCACCACCACAGGCACAGUCGGACAGUGCGCCUGCUCUCCAGACAGGAGACUCUGGAGAGCAGAGACUCGGCACACGCAGAGUCCGGCGUCGCCGGACCGCAUCCUCACACACACCACCCUGGGGAGGAAGAGGAGGAUGAGGAGGAAGAAGAGGAGGAAGAGGAGGAACGACGCCUUCAGCAUAACCAUCAUCAUCACCAUCAUCAUCAUCAUCGUGGCGAGAGAGAGCGAGAACAUGAGCAGGGUGAGAGGAAUGGGCGUCAGCACGGCCCACAGAGGUUGCAGCGAGUACGCUGCCUUGAACAGCAACACUCGGCUGAGGGGGAGAAGAAAACAGGUGUAGCCAAGUGGGGGAGAGACCACUACAUAGAGUAGUGAUGCACACACACACACACACACACACACACACACACACACACGUAUACACACACACACACACACACACACA